GAAAUAAAUGACGUUUCUCCAAAACAAUAAAUGUACAGGUUGGAGUUGAAUGGGAGUAAAGGGGGAAAUGAGAGUUGGGGUUGGAUUAGCCUUACACAUACACUGAUACAUACAUAUCGACGAUUACAUCGCGAAUUGUCUUAGGGCUCUUUCGAUUUCGUAAAAAUUUGGCUUAUAAUCUGCAGCAGGAGUUGUAUGAUGACAUUUCUAAGGACAAUUGAUUUUGAUGAAGGAUGGCAGUUCCUGGAAAUUAGGUUAAUGAAACUGAGAAUAAUUAUGGAAGGGAAUCAUGAACCACAAUUUGACUCUGAAGAGUCCAUGAUGAUGUACACCAUCUUUAACAUGUGCAACCAGAGUCCCCCUGAUAAUCAUUCUGGUCGGCUGUAUGACAAGUACAGGGAAAUAGUUCAAGAAUACAUCAGUUCAAUGGUACUUCCUUCAUUAAGAGAGAAACAUGGUGAGUUUAUGUUGCAGGAACUUGUGCAGUGCUGGAAAAAUCAUAAAGUCAUGGUUAAAUGGCUUUAUCGUUUUUUCAAUUAUCUUGAUCGUUAUUUCGUCUAUAAGUGGAAUCUUCCAUCAAUUAAUGAAGUUGCACUAACUUCAUUUCGUGACAUGGUUUAUGAGGAGUUAAAGGGUAAAGCCAAAGAUGUUGUCAUUGAUCUUAUCAAUCGAGAACGAGAAGGAGAGAUAAUUGAUAGAGCAUUGCUAAAAAAUGUUGUUGAUAUAUAUGUUGAAAUUGGGAUGGGUCAAAUGAACUACUAUGUAAAUGACUUUGAAAAUGAUAUGCUUGCUGCAACUGCUGCUUAUUAUUAUCAAAAAGCAUCAAAAUGGAUUAUGAAAGAUUCUUGUCUUGACUAUAUGUUGAUGGCUGAGUAUUGUUUGAGAAAAGAGAAGGAGAGAGUCUCUCAUUAUCUGCAUUCAAGCAGUGAGCCAAAGCUCUUGGAGGUUGAUAUCAAGGCAAUUGAGAAAAAGGUAAUAUCAAAAGCACACUGA